AUGGCUGAUGAAAUUGCAUCAGCAAUGGAGCAGGAAAUGGUGGAAGAACAGGCUAUAAAGUGCCCAAGGCCUUCAGCAAAGAGGCAAAGGAAAGGAUCUCCUGACGCCCGAGAAGAAACAGAUAAAGAACGUGUAGACGAUAGUCUUCUGCAAGAUGCACGUAGAAUCAAAGAAAACAUCAGGGUCUACAUGAACGCAACAGACAGGAACGUGAGUGCGAAAGUACAAAAGCACGUUAAUGGGAAAAUUCAGCAGUUAAUAGAUAUAAUGGAGACAAUAUAUGAUAAGAACUAUGAAAAAACGUUUUUAGUACAACGUGUGGUAAAGGACACAUUAGCUUCCUCUGAAAUGUAUGAUAUCAUAGUAAAUGCAUUAGUGGAAAAAGCAGUACCUAUGGUUAUCGAGGGACUCAAGUCGGAAAGUAAAACCAUACAAAGACCACUGUCAGAACCUCAGACAUCUCGGGAGUUUCCAUGCGUUAAAGAACAACCGCUAUUAGCCGAUGCCCACGCUAUUAUUGAGACCACGGAGAAUGAAAGUUUCCAGGAACCCGCACGUGUGGCGCUUCCAGGUAGGACGCCGGUGAACUACGUUCCGGUUGGUGGCGGCAGAUGA